AGAAGCCAGCUAACCCGCUUAGACAUAGACUCCACACCAACCAUCUUCCCCCCAUAUUUAUAUAUCUCCCACUCUAGUACUGCUUCAGCUUCACUCAUUUAUACCACCUUCAGCCACCGCUCAGCGCCACCGAUUCCCCAUAAACCACAAUGGGUUACGACAGACUCCAACCCUCUGAUCCUAAAGCCUCCGACACUGCAAGGCCGCUCGAGGACGGCGCCGGCGCUGCUGAGGGUGUCUCAGUCGCACCGGUCAACAGAAGCAACAAGAAAAAAAAGCUGAUCAUUCUUUCGCUUCUCUCGCUGGCCUUGAUUAUAGCAUCGGCGGUCUGCGCUAUUCUGUUUGUCGGGUUCCGGAUCGGGUCAUCGGAUGCCAAUAAAACCAUCGGCCGGAAGCCCACUAAGGCAAUUGCCAAGACGUGUAGUAAAACUCUGUAUCCGAAUCUCUGCAUCCAGUCGCUUGUUGGGUUUCCGGGUGCGGAGACGGCCAGCGAGGUGGACCUGGUUCACAUUUCGUUCAACAUGACGCUGCAGCAUUUCAGCAAGGCACUGUAUCAGUCGCAAAUGAUUUCUUACCUCCAGAUGGAUCCGCGUGUCCGGUCGGCGUACGACGACUGCCUCGAGCUCCUGGACAAUUCGGUGGACGCGCUUGGCCGCUCCCUCUUCUCCGUGGCUCCCGGGGCCGGCAACGGGAACAGUAAUUAUUUCAAGGUGGGGUCCACUCAGGACGUUAUGACGUGGCUGAGCGCCGCGCUAACGAACCAGGACACGUGCUCGGAGGGGUUCGACGAUGUUAGGGGUGCCGUCAAGGACCAGAUGACGCAGAAACUGAAGGACCUGUCGGAGUUAGUGAGUAACUGCCUCUCGAUUUUCUCCGCCAGCGGCGGGGAUGAAUUCGCCGGAGUUCCAAUACAGAACAGGAGGAGGCUGUUCUCGGAGGCCGACAACGUCGUCGAUAAAGACAAUUUCCCAGAAUGGUUGGGCAGGAAAGAGAGGGAACUCCUGGACGCGCCGAUAUCGACAAUUCAGGCCGAUGUCAUCGUGUCCGCUAGCGGCAACGGGACAGUGAAGACGAUCACGGAGGCGAUCAAGAAGGCGCCGGAGAACAGUAACCGGCGAUUCAUCAUAUUCGUGGGGGCAGGGAGGUAUGAAGAAAGCAAUUUGAAGGUAGGGAGGAAGAAAACAAAUAUAAUGUUCAUAGGUGAAGGGAAGGGUAAGACGGUAAUUUCGGGAGGGAAAAGUGUACAUGAUGACAUGACCACAUUUCAUACAGCUUCUUUCGCGGCGACUGGGUCAGGCUUUAUAGCACGAGACAUUACAUUUGAGAACUGGGCCGGACCGGAAAAGCACCAAGCUGUGGCCCUCCGUGUUGGAGCCGACCACGCCGUGGUCUACCGGUGCAACAUAAUUGGCUACCAAGACACACUCUACGUUCACUCCAACCGCCAAUUCUACCGUGAAUGUGACAUCUAUGGUACGGUGGAUUUCAUCUUCGGUAACGCCGCGGUGGUGCUUCAGAACUGUAGCAUUUUCGCGCGGAAGCCUAUGGCCCUCCAGAAGAACACCAUCACAGCCCAAAACCGAAAGGACCCGAAUCAAAACACGGGGAUUUCGAUCCACGCCUGCCGGAUCCUCGCCGCCCCCGAUUUAGUAGCCUCCAAGGGCAGCUUCCAGACGUACCUCGGCCGUCCGUGGAAGCUAUACUCUAGAACUGUCUACAUGCUAUCCUUCAUGGGGGACCAUAUCCACCCUCGAGGGUGGCUAGAGUGGGAUGGCGACUUUGCCCUUGACACAUUGUACUACGGUGAGUACAUGAACGGCGGACCCGGUGCGGCCGUCGGACAAAGGGUAACAUGGCCGGGAUAUCGAGUCAUCACGUCGGAGGCGGAGGCCAGUAAAUUCACGGUGGCACAGUUCAUAUAUGGAUCAUCCUGGUUGCCGUCAACUGGUGUGGCCUUCUUGGCCGGCCUCCAAGUUUAAUUACACCGUACGUAGUAAUACUCUAGAUGAUAAAUGCCGGGCCAAACCCGUAAAAAAUGGGCACAAGCUCCGUUUCUACAUUAUUUAAAAUUUUUUUCCUGUUUUUUUUUUUACUAAGUAGGUCGUAAAACAUAUUUAUUUUCAUAAUAUUAUUGUAAUAAUGGAGGAUUAAUUAACGUUGCCAAAAUGACUCUGAUUUGGUGAUUUGACUUGUUAAGGACCGGUGGGUUGUGUAGGCUUGUAGCUGUUGUAGCAUGUUAUUUUGUUUACUAAGAUUAUUAAAAAAUUGUUUACUUU